CGUGAUUCCCAAGUCUCUCUGUUUCUCUCACUCCGAACCCUAAAAAACUUGUAAUUCUUUUCCGACUUCACUACAGAAUCUCUUUCAGUUUCCUAAUAGGCUUCUUUCCAUUCUUCCCUAUAAAAAAUUCUCUGGUAUUUUUUUUUUCUCAUCACAAUUCUCAACACAAAGAAGGCCUUAAAGAAGUUCUCUCUUCUUUCUUCGUCUUCUCAAGAACCCCUAAAUCAAUAGCGAUGUCGUUGGAUCCUGAUGAAUACGCUGAUCUCUGUGCUGAUACUCGACAAGAUCCUGAUUUCGAAACUAGAAGACUUAUAGUCGAAUCACCUACUACAAAAGCUAAGCGUAUUGAAUCGUUGAGAGCUAGGUGUGCUGGUCUCAUCCAUAAAUCGGAGGUUUAUCUCCAUCUAACUGAUGAGAAAUCUCAUGCCCUUAAGAUGCGACAAGCCAAAUUGAAAAGACAGAGAGACCGGGCAGCAGCAAGAUUGGCAUUAGAAAAAUUGGAAAAGUCUGUUCAGGUCUAUGAUCCCCUUGCUGCCAUGAGGGAAUAUGAGAUGCUCAUAUCUUGCAAUGCGCCAUACAGAAAAAUCGAUUGGAAUCAGUUUCUGCAAAGUAAUGGUGUCUGCAUCAAAUAAACAGGAGUUUGAUUUAUCAAGAUGACAAAACUGUACUCCUGUUUCAUCGGGUUUUCGAACUCUUCUUUUUUGCUUUUCAAUUUUAGUGUAGAAGUGAAGGAGAGUAUGUGGAUGAUGUAAUUAUGAGACAAUGAUGAAGAAUUAGAGUCUGUGUAUAUUGGGCAUGAUGGGCAUAUGAUCGUGAAGGGUAUCAGUGGUGCCAACCUAGUUGGGAUGGCUGAUGUCCCUUGGUGAUGCCUCUGCUCUUUUUUUUCUUUCUUUUUAUAGCCUGGAUGUGGCUUCUUUGUAAGUAUUGCAAGAAACUCAAUUAUUUAGCCAAAUUAUCAUUAUGAAAGAUCUUCUGGUUAUUGAUUUUGUUAUUGCU